CGAAAAGUAUUGCCUAAAGUCAUUUUGAGCAAUUUAUUGGAAGAAAUCCAAUCAUAAUGAAGAUAUUUUUUUAUUUUCUUAUUUUUCUAAGUUUGUUCUACGCAACAUCAGCGGCUGUGACUGAAGCACAAAUGGCCGAGACUAGAACUAUGCUUCGGAAUGUGUGCAAGCCCAAAUCAAAACUUGCUGAUGAUGUUAUUGACAAAAUGAGUGACAAAGUUUUUCCAACCGAUAAAGCAUCUAAAUGUUUUAUUCAAUGCAUUCUUGAGAAUAUGGGUAUGAUGCGGAAAAGUAAAAUCCAGUACGAAGCCGCAAUGAAGCAAUUCGAUUUACUAUUGCCAGAUAGUAUGAAGGAAGGCUGGAAAGGUGCUUUGACCGCAUGUAAAGACUCAUCACAAGGUGAAAAGAACCCCUGCGAAGCCGCUUACAAAUUAGUAUUCGCCAAGUUAGCGUUUAAAGCAAUCAGUGGUAAAAAAAUGAGAGUUAUCUUCAAUUAUCUUGUUUUUGUUAGCUUUUUCUACGUCUCUUUGGGCGCUAUGACUCAGGAACAAAUGGAUAGCUCCGCAGCAAUGAUACGGAAAACGUGCCAGCCAAAGUCGAAACUUAGUGAUGAUAUCAUCAAUAAAAUGAGCGAAAAAGUUUUUCCCGAUACCAAAGAAUCAAAGUGUUUUAUGCAUUGCGUCGCGGAAAACAUGCAACUGAUGAGAAAAGCGAAGCUAAAUUAUGAUUCGGCUUUAAAAUCAUUUGACACAAUGUUGCCUGACCCUAUUAAAGAUGAUUACAAAAAUGCACUUUCAGCCUGUAAGGAUGCGGCGAAUGGCGAGAAAAAUUCAUGUGAAGCUGCCUACAAAAUAUUAACUUGUUUUGCCAAUAAAAAUCCCAGCUUCAGAUUCGUUUAGAAUUCAAAACUAGUUAUGGGUGGAUUCAGCACCUUUGUUUUGAACUUGUGAAGGGUAUGCGGUACUUCAGCAGUAUUAAUUACUUGUAAUAAAUGAGAUGUUCAAUGGUUUUAAA